UGUGGGCCGCGCUGGGACGGGCCUUGGCGGCGCGGGCUGCGGCCACGCCGAGCGCUCUGCACGGCGCUCCCGCGGGUGCGGGCUGCUGAGGGGUGGCCUCAAGGCUGCAGGAGCCUUCAGCAUAGCCCACGUUACCAUGGCCACCCACUUCUCCAAGGAUCAGGAGGAGAGACUGAAAUGCGUGAAGGGGGACCUCUUCACGUGCCCCCCACAAGAUGCUCUGGCACACUGCAUCAGCGAGGAUUGCCGCAUGGGUGCCGGCAUAGCCCGGCUCUUCAAGGAGAAGUUUGGAGGUGUGCAGGAGCUGUUGGAUCAACAAAAGAAGACUGGGGAGGUGGCAGUGCUCCAGAGAGACGACCGAUACAUUUACUACCUGAUUACAAAGAAGAAAGCUUCUCACAAACCAACAUACGAUAGUAUGCGGAAGAGUUUAGAGGCCAUGAAAGCUCACUCUCUGAACAACGGAGUUACUGACAUCUCCAUGCCUAGGAUUGGAUGUGGACUUGAUGGCCUGGAUUGGAGUAAAGUUUCAGCAAUACUUGAGGAGGUGUUUGAAGGCACUGAUAUCAAGAUCACAGUUUACACUCUGUGAGCAGCAGUGCGUUUGAGCUUUGAGGACUGGGAACCUGGUAGCUGGCAAGGGGGAAAACUGCACGCUGAGCACAUCCUUGGAGCGUAGCUCACUCAGGUGGUGUUGGUGCCACGAGCAAGUUUGGAUGUGGGGCUGAGCAGCCUGUGAAGAAAGCAGUGGUGGGGCUGUAACCCUCUGGCUCUGUCUCUGGAAGCCACCAGGUGUCACUGGGCCUCCAUAGAGCCUCGCUGUUCCUAGAGCUGUGAGCUCCUGUGCAGGGUGAAACUGGAGCUGGCUGUCACUUGGGUGUUUGUUGGUAUCGAGAGCUGUGGAGCCCUGUCACUUGUUUUUCCCCGUUCUGCAGUGUCCACACGUGGCAUACAGUUGAUUUACUCUGUUCAUUACAGGAUUAGCAAUCUAAUUUUUACCUUCUGGCCACAAAUACAGUUGUUUUUGUUAGGAGAUAGUACUGGUUGAGAAUCAUGCUGUCAAUAUGAAAUAAAGAGCUGUGCAGUA